AUAACCAACAGAUAGGAAAAGAUCGCUUGAAUGAAGUUGCCCGUAGUGCUGUAUCAUUUUUUCAGGUUCAUGGUUUGGCUUGUUAUAGAGACCCUCUAUUUUGUGUAUUUUAUCAAUAUACAUUUUGAAGGUAGAGAUUUGUGCAAAACAUUUCAUCGAAAUCUCGGUGGUGCAUGACAUUGGGAAACACAGUGGGAUUGAGGCUAUGGAAAACAAACGGCACGAGGAACCAGGAAUACUCUUUCCUGACGAUGACAAACUGCAUGUAGUAUCCCUUGACGACCCCUCAGGAGAGACUGGGAAUGGAAACUACAAUAUGCCGUCGAAACUCGACGGAGAGCCCGUGUCUCGUCAGGUGAUCCACGCUCCGCAGACACACAUCGUACACCCUCCCAAACCGAUUCGCUUUCCUUCUAGCGAUAGAGUCUUACUGGUAAUGACAGUUGUGGCCGUGAUAGUGGCUUUUAUCGCGUUGCUGAUCGGUGGAUUGGGUCUGUCUCGGAGGGGUGAUAUCUUUGUCAAUGUUUCGAGCGGGACUGGACCACUCACUUCACCCACACCAGUCAGUGGAGACUCCGCACUGAAUGAUGAACGUGUCUGGCUGUUUGCCAUUAGUGACUAUAACGUCAGGCUUGAGUAUCUCGAUCUUGCAAGUGGAGAGGUCCGUGGCUACAAUGUUGACAUCAUUAACGCAGUUUGCCGGAUAGCAAACAAACAGUGCAGUUUGGUGUGGGACGUGUAUGGGCGCUGCUGGGAGACCGUCGCUGGUGAAUCACCUAGGCCUGGAAUCGGACUUCAAGGCGGUUGGUAUGACGCAUGCACAGCGUGGCCUCAAACGUAUGCCAGGUCCCGUACCUUCAAGUUCACUGUGGAUAUGAGCAAGCAGGAUUUGGCUGUUUUUAUGAUUGCAUCGAGAGGUGACCUGGGUUCUUUCAACUGGCGUGAUCUAACGGGCAAGACUAUUGGCUUCCUUCAGUCGUACACAGAGGAUGCUACUUGCAUCACGAGGUUUCCCGAAAUAACGGGCCGCAAUCUGUCUCGUAAUCAAGUGAAGUAUUACGUGAAUGAGCAGGACCUUCUCACAGCUGUUAGCAAUGGAGAGGUGGACGCGGUCUUUGUGAAAGAAUUUUUGGGGAUAACCAAGUAUCUCCAGCUAGCCUCGGACAAGCUCAACCGAUGUACCAUCGGUGGUCAGGCCAUGAUGACGCGGAAGGAUAGUACUCUGGCGGACUGGUGGAAUCCUGCCUUUCAGACACUCCUGGACUCCCCCGAGUAUCUGCAGAUAUGUCAGGGACUUGAAGAUGAAAAUGUGCAUGGAUCUCAACCAGGACCAACCUUGUCAGAGCACUGCAUCGGUUUCUGAAUACUUCUCAGUACUGUCUACUGCUGUACAAACAAAACUUUCAAAAAUAUAUAGCUAGGCAAAACUCCUUAGCUUCCUAUCUCCUCUAAAUUUGUCCAGAACACCAAAGCUCAUUUCAAGCUGCUGCAUGCUAAUUGGAAUGAUAUUGCUCAACAGAUUUUCUUCCUAACCAAGCACAAGUCAGGCUAGAUAAAACUCGCAAACUGUUCACUACAUUGCUUUGCUAGAAACCCAUGUUGCUAAGCUAGCAUUUGUUUUCUGUUGGCUGUUCCUGCGCUUGAGCAGCCAAGGACAUUUGGCAUCAUGUGUUCAAAAAUUAUCUUCCAGAGAUGGGCUGUCUAGCCUUUAACAACACAUUAUCUUUAGCAACAUCUUUCCUCAAAACGAAAUCUAAUUUAUCAAAUAAUGAAAACAAGAACUUGAAUUCUCCAUUUUAAGCGAAGUAAGCGAAGUUUGUAAGCCAAGCGCAAGACCGUUAGCAGGUGGGCGCCCUCUCACCUUUAGUGUCCAAAGGUUAAGUCAGAACGACGCUCACUUUUAACGUACACAAUGUAAUCAUUAAUUAAUUAAAACCCUGGGACGCGGUAGGAAUUGUUUUGACGUGGUGGUGGGAACGGCCUCGCCAGAAGAGACCGUAUUAUUCCUCAGGUUUGCAGAGCCCUGCAUCCGUCUCAAAGGUAUAUAAAUGCCUCAGUGGUUGUCCCUUAGCCUCUACAGCUCUUAAUUAAAACCACCAAAAGUACAUCACAGUCCGGUGGGGAGCCCAUUUCCGAAGCUAUCCCGAUUGGGGGGGGGGGGCUCGCCACGCGCCAGCCAAGCCACACCACCAC